CAACAACAACAAAAUUCCGGUCGCAAGAUAAUUAUUUUUACAGUUUACCUUGGUUUAACGUAAUGUCAUUGAAAACAGUAUGCUUUAAUAAAAAUUUUGACUUUAAGUUUCCUGUGUUGAACAAAACUGUUUGUAGCUACUUUUCAGACGCACGAGUACCGCUUCGAGGAAGCUAAGUGUAUCAAAUUUCGGCUAUAGAGAAUUUUGGAAGUAAAUAGUGCAGUCACCUUAACAGACAGGAGGAUUGUAGAGGCCAUGGACAAAGGAUUUAGGUACACGUAUUCUGUUGCUGCUUUCCCAAGAGUCAAGUACUUCUACCAAAGGCUGAAAAGAGCAAUUCCUAGAUGGGAGAGAAUUCUAGAUGCUGGAGGAUUACCAAAGUGUAUCUCUCAGGGUAAAGUCAAACUUGGGAUGAUAACAUCAUUAGCACAAGUAAUUGGAGACAAAGUUUCAAUUAAUUUGUUUGCCGAUUCUGCUUUCUUAAAGACGAGUACAUUAGAGCUACCUGUACAUGUGGUUGGUGACGAAGGGACCGAGAAAAUAACCUGGUCCAGCUUUUCUUAUGAGAAAAAGAAGAGUAUUAUGCCAGUUGUAACAGUGAUUGUAUUACCAUCUUUGGAGGAAAAGAAUGUGAAAAAGUUACAGGCAAAACUGUCUGGUAUGUCAACAGUUCAGCUUCGGGACAUUAUAAUCUACGUUGAGGAAUCCAAAACCAAUUUUACAUACACUGACCUGGUGAAAGUCAACUUUCAACAAGAAGAUAUAGAUCUACCUGAGGGCAAGGCCCGUGAUCGUAGCAGAUGCCUUAACAAACAGAUACAGAAUGUGUUAGAAGAGAUGGUCGUUGCUGUGCUGGAUAUGAUGGCAGCAUAUAACAAGGUGUUUAUUCCAAAGAAAUGUGAAGACCCAGAGGAGUCGUUACAGGAUGCUGUACACCUCAAGCUCCUGAAAAGUCUGCAUGAUCCGUUUGUGGUGAAAGACCUUUCACCUGAUAACAUAAGUGAUGAAGCAGAGAGAAAGCCAACAGAAAAAGAAUUAAACAGGAUUGCUGGAGCCAUAGGAAAAAACUGGGAAAAGUUGGGAUUACCACUAGGAAUAGCUGAAGCAAAAAUGAGUGAAAUAAAACUAUCACAUCAAAGUGAAGCGUCAAAGGUUUACCACAUGCUGUUGACAUGGCAGAAGAAGGACAGGGCAACACUGAAUUACCUGUUACAACUCCUGGAGGCUGUUUCAUUUGCUGUUACUGUUGACAUGGAGAUUAUCCAAAGACUGAGAGAAGAAUCACCAGCCCCUACAGCAGAUUCAGAAAGAGACGCAGCAUUCCAUAGGAAGCUGAUGGAAUUUGUGGCAAAGAAAACAAAAUGUGUCGCUUGUGACACACUGUCCAAAAAGUAUGGAAUUUCAACCAAUCUAAUAAAUGAAUUCCUUAAUGAGGAUUUCUUUGGUUAUGAGAAGAAGGUGGCAGAGAUGAUGGCAAGUAUGAGCCUUCCGUGCUGGCCGCGAGACAAGUCAGAUAAUGGCGUAUCAACAUGUAGAUCAUUUGCACACAGGUGUGGCUUGAGUAUGACAAAGAUAACACACGAUACAGAAGAGUACAUCAAGACCAAGAGUGAGAUUUUGAUGUUGGUGAAGAAACUACAGUUUGAAUUGUUCGGAUUACUCGAGCAAACUGAUGUUGCCAUAGAAACACAGAUAUCUGAUGUACCGAAACUUCCACUCGAAUUUCAGCAUGGUUUACUUGAAAUUCCAGAGGUGUAUGGAUGUGGUACUCUAUGGGGUGAACUUGAGUUACAUUUGACUGAAGAUCUAUCUUUAAAGAGUAAAGAUAAAGUGAAAGAACUUAUGACACAUCAUAAGUACACAUGCGGUUACUCUACACUGCUUAUUAAGCCACCAAACCUUCAGACUGGAGACUGGAUUGAGCAGGGGAGUGGGAUACGAGCAACAAAGUUGAGACCUGAUUCAGAUGGGAAAUAUAACUACGGAAGUAUAGGAUGCUUUGUAAGGGUUAAGUCAAACAUUGUUUAUGAAAGAGGUGCGAGCAAUGUUGCACAAGAUAAAGGUAAAUUGCACUGCAUCACUUGUGCUCAUUGUGUACAAAACUGUGAAAAUCACAUUGAAGUAUAUGUAGGAAAAGAAAUAAAACCACUGGGUGUUAAAAGUUUUGAAGAAUUUAAUAACGAAGUAAUGGAUGUUGCAACUGUUAAAAUUCAUGAACAGAAGAUUAAAUGCUGUGAAACAAGUAUGCAAGAAUCCUGUGAAGAUUCACUAUUUAGACAUAAGUGGACAUUUAAUCAUGAAGCAAUACUUAGGAAGACAGUUUUCAAAUAUGGUAGUGCCACAGGAUUAACUCGUGGAAUUUGUAUGUGUAAUGAUUAUAAAACCAAGGGGAUGAUGGAACAUUGGAAUCGAAAUUCAAACACAAACUUUGAUGGAGAUUUCAAUAUUCUAAUAGCCCAAAAUGCAGAUGUGCAGCCAGGCACUCAUGUAGAAGGAACAACUGCUGCAGCUGAAAACCAGCAAAUGCAAGUUGAUGAAGAGAAAGUAUUUUCUGAGAACGGAGACAGUGGAUCAGUUGUCUGUGAUGAUAAUACAGACACAGGUGAUGUCAUUGUAAUGGCCUUACUCAGCGGUGAUAUAAGAUCAAAAGAAGGCAAAUUCUUGUACAGCUAUUCCUCCAACAUCCAGAAAGUUAUUGAGGUGCUGCAACAAAAAUAUAACUGCUUGAUAGAACCAGCAACUUGAAGGGAAUGGGUUUGUCUUGCAGAAAAAAAAAUCUAAAAAGGUUUGAUGUGUUUAAACAGGUACAUAGCAGAAACUUUGUGUGACAUCUUGGAGGAAAUGGACAACACAUAAUCUGCAUUAUGUGAUAUGUUAUUUAUAUUUGUAAUAGACAGCAAGUCUUUAAAUAAUAAGUACAGAUGAUGUCAGAUUUAUGUUAAUUUUAUCACUGCUUCAUUGUGAUAUUUUUGUUGACUCCAAUAUUUGACAUGUUGAUGCUGGUCCCCAGGCCAUAUAAUGAAUUGGAAUUCAUUUCAGAUGGGAUGUAUUUAUUGAAUUAAUUAUGUAAUUGUUAAAUAUGUUCUUGGUCUUCAUUUACUAAUCUCAUUACAUGUGUAUCUAGUACAUAUAAAAGGGCCCAAGUGGUUAAGAUCGCUUUGAAUAACUUGCCCCUCAUUGAUAUUCAUUUGAAACCUUUGAAAACUCAUUUAAGGUUUAGAAUUCUUCUUCGAGUUAGGAAGCCAACCAAGUCAGUGGUUUUACUCAGGUGCUGACCCAUGUCUAGAAUAAUGCUGGCAGGGUAACCUGAAGUAUUCCAUCACCAUUAAAGCUGGAAAGUCACCUUACAACCUACAUUGUGUUGGCAUGACAUUAACUUAACAAAACAAACAUUUAGUGCAUACAGAUUUAUAUAAAAAUCUUUGAAAAAUCUUUUAAAAGAUGUUACUGAUGAAUUGGUUAUAUUUUACAUAAACGUCAGUCUAAAGUAGAUUUUUUUAUCAUGUUUUUUUCUGAGACUUUAAUCAGGUGUAUUGUUGGAUUCAUCUACUAGAGAUUCAUACUUGUACUUCUGCUCUUCCAAAUUCAUUUGCCUCUAUUCCCCCAGCAUUCUUUGAAUUUCAGCUUCAUACUAAUAUCAUAAGGCAGGAUGAUCAAUUUUGAUCAAUACUAGAAGGCUUAAUUUGUAUGUUAGGGAUAAACAGUAGGGAAUUUUAUCGCAUUGGCUUGAAACUAUUGAACCUGCUUCUUCUUAUACAGUUACACCAGUUUUGCACUGAGACAAUGAUUUAUGUUAGGGAGCUUCCGGUUUAAGGUAGUGGAUUCAUAAUGUCGUUCAUAUUCCAUUUCGAUUUUGUAUUCUCCAUAAUAUUAUAAUUUCAUCAUACUGAAUGUUAUGAGUUUGUGAAAGCCACAUUAACGGUGGAAGAAUGCUAAAAUGGCAAAUGAAAAUAAUUAUUUAUUUAUGUAAUUGCAGGAACAUUGCUAAUUUUAUUAUGGGUCCACUACCUUAGUAGAAAACCGUUUCACUGCCAUGUUACGAUGUCAGGGAGAGAAACCUCAGUUUAUAAAGAUGUUUAUGCAUGACCACUCAGAAUCAUUCAAAAUGAAAACAUUUGCCAAGCAAUGCUUACUGUAUUAAGCUCUGCUUGGUGCAACUGAUUGGCAGCUGGUCAGCCCAAGUGAUCUCUUUCUUUUGUGAUGUAUUGUAAUAUUUUUUUAUGUUUGUUAAGCAUGAAAAUACGCUGUUGCAUUCAUGUGGUAGGCAAUUUAAACUAUGCUGUUACACUCACGUGGUAGGCAAUUGAUUAAAAAAUAUGCUGUUAAACUCAUGUGGUAGGCAAAUGAUUAAAAAUAUGCUGUUACGCUCUUGUGGUAGGAAAAUAAUUAAAAAUAUGCUGUUAUGCUCAUGUGGUAGGCAAAAAAAUAUGCAUUUACACUCACUUGGUAGGCAAAUAAUUAAAAAUGUGCACUUACACUUGCGCAGUAGGCAAAUGAUUGAAAAUAUGCUGUUACACUCACAUGGUAGGCAAAUGAUAAAAAUAUGCUCUUAAACUCAUGUGGUAGGCAAAUGAUUGAAAAUAUGCUGUUACACUCACGUGGUAGGCAAAUGAUUGAAAAUAUGCUGUUACACUCACGUGGUAGGCAGAUGAUAAAAAUAUGCUGUUACACUCACGUAGUAGACAAAUGAUUGAAAAUGUGCUGUUACACUCGUGUGGUAGGCAAAUGAUUAAAAAUAAGCUGUUACACUCGCAUGGUAGGCAAAUGAUUGAAAAUAUGCUGUUACACUCACAUGGUAGGCAGAUGAUAAAAAUAUACUGUUACACUCACGUGGUAGGGGCAAAUGAUUGAAAAUAUGCUGUUACACUCAAAAGGUAGGCAAAUUAUUGAAAAUAUGCUGUUACACUCACACGGUAGGCAAAUGAUUAAAAAUAAGCUGUUACACUCGCGUGGUAGGCAAAUGAUUGAAAAUAUGCUGUUACACUCACGUGGUAGGCAAAUGAUUGAAAAUAAACUGUUACCAUCAGAGGUGGUAAUAAGAGUGGUAGGCAAAUGAAUUCCUUUUUGGUCAAUUAAGUGAAGUGUGCCUUGGUGUUGUAUAUUUUAAAACCAUUUACAAACUAAAGUAUUGUAUUUGUAUCAGUACAUUUGUACUUUACAUCUUGUGUAUUUUGUUUUGUUUAUCUAUUCCAGCAUUGAUAGGAGUGUACAUAUUUUUACAAACAUUCAAUGUACAUGUAUAUAGUUUUAUGAUUACAGUGUUAUUUGAUAAUAGUUUGUGAAAUAGUGUUAUAGAUUGUCCCUAUUAUUGUUUUAUCAUUAUUUAGUUUGCAAUAAAUGUAACCGAAUAAUAAAAAUAUAUUAUAUCUACGUAUGUAUAUAUAUAUAGGUACUAUGUGCCAUAUCUGUUGUUUCUUAUAGAUGUAUACAAAACUGAUAAAAUCUUUUUAUAAAACAGUUACUACAAAUGUCUCUUUUGGAGCAGUUUAUUUUAUUAUCACAUUUGUUUAUUAAUUUGCAUUAUCUUUUGAUAUCAGAUUUAAAUGCAUAUAGUGUAAAAUAAGUUCUCACGUUUCUUUCUGUGAGAAAACUUUGAAGUUUACCUGUAGUUUCAUAUAUUUUUAGGUUUGAAACUUACCAUUGCUAUGUUUUGAUAUAUGUUACACACCUAUAUAUGUUUUUCAUUAAGAAUGUAUACUUCCUAUUAUUCUUGUGCAGCUCUUCUUGUUUAAAUAGUUAUUUUAUUAUGUUCAGAGAGUUUGAUUUUACAUGUGUGCUGAAAUGCAUUAACACAAGAAAAAAUGUUUUUGUAAUGAAAAAAAAACUUAUUUCAGCAAGGAUGUUACAGUUUUUAAAUGAUUUUACCUAAAAACCACUCUUUGUUAAAUUUUGAAUGUAUUUUAUAAAGCUGUAAUCAUGGUCAAAUAGAAAAUGGUCCAAAAAUGUGUAUUCACAUAUAUAAAUUGUUCAGCAAUAAGAAGGCUAUCCCCACUUUAUGAAUUCUACUGCUGUAUGACUUAGCCAUGUUAGAACACUUAAAUAUUAUAAAAUAUAUGAACUAAAAAUAAUGAUAACGAAGAGUUUAUUCAUGUUUGAUCGUCUAGGCUAAACAAAGCAAAUCAGGAUUGAAAUUAUCAAGUCAUGAAUGAAAAUUUACCAUCAGUCACAUCAUGCUGUCGCAAUACUUUUACACAGUUUUAUGUUUUACAUCAAACUUUCAGCAGAAUACUGCUAGAAGUUUUUGAAAUAUGUUUGUCUACAUUUUUAUUUGAGCUUGUUCUAACUUUGUUCACCAGCUAACUCAAUCUGCACAUUCCCCAAAAUACAAGCUCAGUGAAGUGAUAUAAAUUCAGUAACUGCAGACUAACAGUAUGUUUUUUUUCUUGUCUGUGAUACUUAAGUUGUUGUUAAGUGGAGACUGCUUAGCAAUAUGAAAUACCAGUAAUUUAAUUUUGUGCGCUAAAAUUUGUGGUUUUGGUAAAAAUGGCUAUUUCAUGAGAUGAAGUUGGUUAAUCAGAUUUAGUCAAGUAAUGGAAUUGUUUGAAACUUUAAGCAACUGAUUAUUAACACUUUUUUAUGUUUACUGAGUGCUUAAUUUAGGUUAGAUUUUCAUUGGAGGUAAAUGUUAAAAUUUGAUUUUUCUUACCUGAUUGCCCAAUCAAGAUAGAGUUAUUUUAGCAUAGGUGUAAAUUUGAUAAAAGAUUAUUUGGCCUAAGGAAUGAUGCAAAUGUAAGAACUAUUGUAUUAUAUUUGUCAAAUAUUUACAUUGACAACAGUUAAAUUACUACCAGUAUUAUUUAACCAUAUGUUUACAAACACAAGUUUGUAAGGUUACUGUUACCACCCUUUCUAUGCCUUGGUUGCACAACCAAGAUAGAUUUUAUAGGAAUUAAAAGGAUUUGUAAACUACAUGUAGUUUUGGAACUUUUCUUUUGGUUUAGAUCGUUGAAAAUCAGUAUCCCAGUAUUUCUCAGAUGUCAUUGUAAAACUAGGAAUUAUAUGGAAGUAAAAUGAAAUACUCUUAUUUUUUAAACACUUUCAUAUUAAAUGUAUGGGGGAGAGAAUUACAAAAUUUUAUAAAAAGCAAAUUUUGCAAUAAAAACAUCUAUUUCUAAUAAGGAUCUAACUCUACAUGACAUAGGUCAGUCUGUUCCUUAGAUAAAUCUCAAAUAGAUUGCAUGGAAAGUGAAAAUGUCAUAAUUUUAUAACUUUGCUGAAAUGUGAUUGGCCACCUUUAUUUGUUUGACUAUUUGUUCAUUGGGAUUUAACAACAACAAAAAUAAGUCCCUAGUGAAUUUUAAUUAUUUCGUAGUAUUUGAUUAUAUAUUUUUAUGUAUUUAAUAAACAUUUCUCUAGUUUGUUUUAUGAUCUUUUAUUAAAAAGUGAUAGUCUGGCAUAUAUGUUGCUUCUAUAAUGCUAGACAGUUGAGCAUAAUUCCAGUUAUUUAUGCCAUUUUUUUGCAGCAUUAUUUGUAACAAUUUCAUGUGUGGUGUUUGAAUGAAAAGUUAGUUCACAUCGAUUUUCUCUGUUUCACUAAUUUGUAGGUGUAAAUGAGUAUGUGAUAAAAGGAUCAUUAGUUUUAUUAAAUGUGCUAGUAUCUUUUCUGCACAUCUUGUGCCUUUUUCUCAAUACAAAUCAGAUCAACUAUAAAUAUGUAUAUCUACCGAUGACUGCACUUACAGAAAGUAAUUUUUCUUAUACUAUAUAAUGAUUUUAUUAUGUACAUAUAUAAAUGUAAGUUGUUUCUUAAAUUUCAUUGUAAUAAAUUAAUAAGUCAAAACAUGGCAAUCAGAAAACAUUUAGGUAGUUUUAGCUUUAUUGUUAAAGAGAUUUAUAGCUUUGUUUGUAUUGUUUAUGCCCCCGAAGGAAGGCAUAUUAGUUUUCAACUGUCCGUCCGUUCAUUCAUUAGUUUGUUAGUUUGUUCGUUUGUUCGUCACAACGUUAACUUUUUGCAUGAAGGCACUUUACUCAUGAACCACUGCACCCAGGACCUUCAAACUUCACAUGCUGAUAGUACUUAUUGAGUACACCACUCUACUGACUUUGGGGUCACCAGGUCAAAGGUCAAGGUCACAGGGGCCAACGUUAACUUUUUGCAUGAAGGCACUUUACUCGCAAACCACUGCACCCAGGACCCUCAAACUUCACGUGCUGAUAACACUUAUUGAGUACACCACCCCUACUGACUUUGGGGUCACCAGGUCAAAGGUCAAGGUCACAGGGGCCAACGUUAACUUUUUGCAUGAAGGCACUUUACUCGCGAACCACUGCACCCAGGACCUUCAAACUUCAUGUGCUGAUAGUACUUAUUGAGUACACCACUCCUACUGACCUUGGGGUCACCAGGUCAAAGGUCAAGGUCACAGGAGCCAACAUUAACUUUUUGCAUGAAGGCACUUUACUCGCGAACCACUUCACCCAGGACGUUCAAACUUUACAUGCUGAUAGUACUUUAUGAGUACACCAACCCUACUAACUUUGGGGUCACCAGGUCAAAGGUCAAAGUCACAGGGGCCAAUGUUAACUUUUUGCAUGAAGGCACUUUACAUGCGAACCACUUCACCCAGGACCUUCAAACUUCACAUGCUGAUAGUACUUAUUGAGUACACCACCCCUACUGACUUUGGGGUCACCAGGUCAAAGGUCAAGGUGCUGUUUGGGCAUUUGUCACCAUUAGUGACAGCUCUUGUUUAAUUUUACUUCUGAUUAUUGGCUGGUUGAUAUUUAAAGUGACUUUGUUUUUGCAGGUGAUGAAUUAUUUUUCAAAUAUAGCAAUUCGUGGCAGGUUUUGAACAUGUUUUUUUCCAGAAUUAAAUCUAAACAGUGUGAUUGUUCUUUGUGUCUUACAGACUACACUUCUCAAGAAUGAAGAUAGAUUCCUGUAAUACCCCUGUGUCUGACAUCAUAUGCCUUCAACUAUUCUACUGUUAAUUUAACACACUUGAGGUCGCAGUUUUUGCAAAAUCCUAAUGAAACUUGUCAGAAAGUUCCCCGACAAUCUUGAAAUUUGGUUGCCUGAGGUCAAAAGCUAGGUCACUAAGUGAAAUCUUUAAAAAAAGCUUUAUUAACAUUUUAGAGGUCAUAUUUUCUACUUGAUCUUCAUAAAUGCUAUCAGGGUAUUUGUCUCUAUGAAUUCUAGGUCAUAUUCAAAACUAGGUUACCUGCAUGAGGUCAAACAUUAAGUCACUAGCUAAAAUCAUAGAAAUACCAUCUUAAUACCUUGAAGUCACUUUUUUUUACCUAGAGGCCACAUUUUCUACUUAAUAAUCAUGAUUUUUUUGUGAGAAUGUUUGUCACUAUGCAAUAUUCUAGCAUAAAACUGCUGUUCUUGUCACUUUUUGUGGGUGUUUUAACAAGGGAGAAAACGUGUGUUAACAGAAAGAUUCUUGCACUCGCGUGUUAUUAUAACACCUUUUUAUAUAUGCGCAUUCCGCGGCAGAGCGUAAACGUCUUAUGGCCCCAAAACGGAUAAUUCAAAUGGAAAUGAUGUCAACGUGAAAAACAACUCAGAUAUUCCCUCGCAUUUCAUGGAAAUUUAAUGACUUUUAGGUAGAAUUUAUUCAUUUAAUAUUAGGGUAUUUUUCGCGGCAUAUGCUAAAAUAGCGUUAGCACAUGUUCAUUUUGUGUUGUAACAUCUUCAUAAUCCCUCGGGACACGUUGGUACCCUUGACCUACGGACUCGGGCACCAACCAAUCCCUCGGGAUUCUGCAGACGCUGUAUCACAAAAAAACAUGCGUUAUCCCUACAUAUUGAUAAUUAAAAAAAAAACUAGGCCACUAUAUCAGUUCACAGAAAAAAUUAUGUUAACACCCUUGAGACCACUUUUUCUAUUUGAUCUUUAUAAAACCUAAUUAGAAUGUUUGUCUCUGAAAUCUAGGUGAAGAUUGAAGCCGGAUCAUCUGAGAUAAAAAAAAAACUAGGUCACUAGGUCACAUCACAGAAAAAAAAACUUUGUUAACACUCAGUAGGCCGCAUUUUCUUCCUGAGCUUCAUGAGACUAGGUUAGAGUGAUAAUCUGUUUAAAAUCUAGGAUAAAUUUUUAAUUGGGUGACUUUAGUCUAAAACUAGGUCACUAGGUCAGAGCAUUGAAAAACACUUGGUUAAUGAACAUCUGACUUACAAAAACAUAGUAGGAAUGUUUAAUGAAAUCUGUAUAAAAUUAUAUACAUGUACUUGGUUAUCUUUGGUAAGAACUAGGUGAGGUGAGUGAUACAGGGCCUUCAGGGCCUUCUUGUUAUCUCUAUUGUUCUUUGUGUAUGCCUUUUAGGAAACACAAAGUUCAAUAUUUUGUUUAAUUGUGUUGAAGCUUUCAUGCUCAAAAGACAAAAACUGUAGUUCUGUAAGAUCAUUUGGUCAGAAUUAUUAUGCAUAUUCAGUACAUGUAUAUCCAAUACCAAAAAUAAAAUCUACAUUUAGUUGAAAGUU